UUUCCAAGAGGGGGCUCAGCACCCGUUGGUGCCUAAAAAACCCUGAAAUCAAUAGAUUUCACUGGUCUAGGGGUGCAGCAGUCCCUCACUGGAGGGGAUGAACAAAAAUUCUCGCUUUUCUCUAUCAUUCUUCCAUCCCCACCCCUAAUUUAAAAAAAUAUGUGACAUUCCGAGAAUGAGCGAGUGGUAAAGUUAUAAGUUAUUUUUGGAUGAAAAAGUGAUUUAAUGGACCUUCUCUGUCUUAAAAAAGAGGUAAUUGAUUUUCUUGUUUUGAACCACCCUACGUUGGUUUGGGCUAAUCAUAGCAUCUGGUGGCGGCAUCUUCUUCAAAUAUAUUCAAGGACGGAUAAACAUCAGAAUAAUAAGAUUAAAAUGAAGAUUUGAAGAUCUAUCUAGACUAAAAAUGAAAAAGAUUUUCCGAUUCCUUGAUAAGAACCAGUCAAUAAACAAAACUAGUGAGGUUAUAAACUCUGCUGAGAAAGAUCUCCCAGUUGAAAUAUUAAAAGAGGAAUCAACACCAAUCCAGAAAAACAGGAGGCAAUCUUUCGCAGGGUGGGCAGCAGAGAAACCUUAUAUAAGAAUAUUCACCCCUGCUACUACUAGAAAGAGAAAAGAAAAGGAGUAUGUGAGACGGAAUGACGAGGUGCUUGAUGAAAAAGACGAAUUAGCACAGACAAAGAAAAGAUGGAUUCUGCUGAAAAACACAAUAAUUGCCACCAAGCUUACUUUGAAGUCAGAUUCCCUCCAGGACCCAUAUGAAUCUUAUUGCGGAGAACGAAGGUUAUCAUUUCUUGGGCAGCAGUACUCCGUUAAUGUACGGUUCCAUUGAGGAAAAGUCUAUCCGCCUUGACAAUGUCUGAUCCAGAAGUUUCAACCUGUGAUUGUGAAGAUAUCACCUAAAUACAAU